AUGGCUACUAACCGAGACAUCGCUUAUUCUUUCGGAUUCCUACGACGACGCCGAGCCCGCGUUAAGGUUCCAAUCUUCCGCGACCACUUCUCCUUUGCCCGAGAUGUCUACCGAGACAUUCGUAAAGAAGAUCUCAAUCUCCCGGAUGACGUAGUGACCGUGGACGUUAGGGUAUCUCACGAUGAGAAAUCUGUUCUCUACGCUCUACCCAAGGACCAACUAUGCCACGAUGCUGCCUUUUUCAAAAUUGCACUUUCAGGUCGUUGGCAAGAGGCAGAUACAGGCGAGGUGCACCUAAAGGACAUAGACCCAGGCCUUUUCAAUAUGUUUGCAUACUGGAUACUGACAGGAGCGGAGGUCAUGCGUCACAUCGAAGACUGGAAGGCUGAGUAUGCCGAAUACCUCAAAUGGGUCGACUGGCUGACGGUGGCUGAACGCCAGAAGGGAAAUGGCCCGCCCGACCCGCACGCAUUUGCCUCUCCAGUCACGGUGUGGAACUUCGAGCGCACUGUUGACGCAUAUUGCCUGGGGCAGUUUCUUGGCUGUGCGGACUUCCAGAACCACUGCAUAGCGCAUCUCUAUUAUAUGAACUUGCGCUUUAAUCACUUGCCCACGAAGGCGGAUACAGAGGAGUGGGAGUGGUCCGACGGUACCGUCGCUUUCCUUCGCGCCCGCGACGUGCUCACCGCUUGGGAGCACAGCAAUUUUGAAGACGAUGCGAUCCGGCGCUUCUUCAAGACCUGGCUUUCCCGGUAUUGGGACGCUUAUCCCAUUAGCAAAGAGGACCAUGUAGCCCGCGAUGGGUGGGAUGAAGUGAUGGUGGAGUGUCCGGACUUGCGCAAGCGCUGGAUGUUCGACAUGGCUAUGCCAAAGAUUGAGCCAUGGAUCAUAUGGGACCUGACGUUUUACUUCGUUGGGCCGGUAGUUUCCUCGGAGCGUGAACACGCGUGGUCACAGGAGCAAUUCAAUCCGUACUGGAAUGGUGGGGAUUGGGAUGGCGCGGAUGGGGAUGGACGGGAUUGGCAACAUCACGUAGAACUCGCAUACGCAGGCCCGGCUGGCGAGUGCUCUUACGGAAGGGGCUAA